UCCCCAGUGAAAGAAUUGUGCCCCUUCUAGACUUCUGUUUUGAGGAUACAGGUCACGGCAAUAUGAGCAGACGCUCUUACUACAUGGUUUGGACUUGAUCAUUUCUCAAAGCUUAGUUUACAUAACAGCUUUGGAAGGGAUCGUGAUACUUCAAUCGACAUGAUGUCUUCGAAGCCCGUAACUACCUCCGAUUCUAGGUCUCGAUGCCGUCUCUAAAACAAUGGAAGGACUUUGGCGAUUGUAAUAGCCGUGAUUGACCCAUUCGCCACCUCCUGCACCUACUUAGAGUGCUCUGUGUAAGUCCACCCUUUUCCAACUUUCAGUGUUGCCUGUCGGUUCGUCCAUUUCCUCUUCUCAUCAACUGUAAUUAACAAUUUAUUCCCGCGCUCUGAGUACUAUCUAUAGCACUUUUUGGUCAUCAAAUACGCCCAGCCUAUUGCUCGACAAGUUGCUUUGGUUGACACGCUUGCAUCCAAUCAGCACAGACCAGUCUUCCGUCUGAACGUUUACAUAUCGGACCUUCACUUCGUUUCUUAGCAUUACUUUUCUCUCGUAUCGGACUAUUGACCCCUCUUUAUCUUACUGAGUCAUCGUAUUGCUCACUAACUUCGAACACCAUGUCUUCGGAUAAUCAGGCCCCAAACUACCAAGCCCCGGGUGAGGCAGAAAUGUGGGCAAUGAUCAGGCGAGGAGAUGAGCCUUUUGAUGUAUACAGGCAUGUUAUGGUGCAUAGUCUUUUCCAUCGUCUGGUAUCAUGGUGGUUGGGCGUUUCUUUACGACGUUUCGAUGACUUUAUCGCUUCAAAAUCUUCAGGAGUCUGUUUCAUAAAACUGCGCCCACUGUCUGACCCGACUUCCGAUAUGGCUACACAAUUAGCUGCGUACACCCUAUUAAGUCUUCCAUGGAAUUUGAAAGUCUCAAAACAUAACUCUAUUCAGGUGAUCCGCGAGCGUCCACAUGAUGACGAUAGAUCAUGGGACGCUUGGACCAGUCUAGUCAGAGAAUCCAUCGCGGUGUUAUCACGUCUUACCCACGGAAAAAUAAAAGUCAAGUUCGACGCUACUGCUGAUGAAUGUAUUCGAGCCAUCGAAGGCGCCAGUAAUGGUGUGGUUCGCGCUGGCGUUCGCACCAACCCUUUCCGUCAUUUCCUUCAUGCUUCUCGGCCUAUCUUGUUCGUCUCAGGAAUUGACCACGAUUGGAAUCAAAGAGAUGACGAGCAACGUCAAAAGGUUCAGUCGUUUGUCAAUGCCUUGGUCAGCCUAUUUAAAGAUAGAGGAAAGCUCAUUUUUAUCGUCCGUCCAAGCUAUCACCCCUUCGAUCCCGAGAUGCGCCACUCACCUUCCUUCGUCCUUUAAGCCUAAACAAUACAUCGUUUCGUUAUGGGACUGAUUGAAAGGACUUAAGUUAUUACCUCGACGAGCGUUUCUUCUUGACGAUUAUUUUAUUCUGUUUGGACCUGGCACUGUCGAGAGCCAUGAAUACUACGGCAAAAAGCGUGUUUACAGAUUAUUGCUAUGCAGCGUAUUCAAUUAUUCUAUGAGUCGUGUAAUAUUGAAUUUCUUAUGCUAUCAUCGAUCUCAUUCUUGCGCGGGAAUUAACACAUGAGUGAUCUCGAGUUGGUUGAUGUGGCGAUAAUGUUCCUCUACUUGGGUAUUGGUUGUACACGAGCAAAGGGUUGGUCUAGAUAC